UAAACACAUUACCAAUAAUGUGUCUUCUGAUAAUAUGAUUAUUGUAGUAUGUGAUAAUUGGCGUGGAUACAUUCCACAAGUGUCCGUUUUAGGUUUGAAGGUUAAAAACACCCUAGGCGGACCAUCGUAAUCUGUGAUUGUGUUAUCAUUCCUUGCUGAUUUGACAGGCGAGUCGAGUCUGGUGAUGACGAGGGGAAGAAGGGACUGAAUCGAGAAUCUGACUCUGCACAGCAGGGUAUUGGAGCAAAAGAAGAGUCACCUGUUGACAUGGAAACUAUAAUUCUUGACCCCGAAGCUGAGGUCAUAGAGAACAUUGAGAACUUAUCACACCUGGACAGUUUGUUUCUGGGGACAAACAAGAUCACAAAGUUACAGAAUCUCGAUGGACUCGCCAGCCUGACGGUCCUCAGUAUACAGGUACUGAGCCACCACCUUAAAACUGCUUUCAAAAGUCUAUUGAUGAUUCAGAAUCUGUUAUUUGAGACCUGCUCUGUGUGUGGAGCCACUUGUUCAGCGCUCAGCCUCAGGUCUGUGAUUAUUGCUCAAGUUCUCUCAUUGCAGAGUAACUGCAUCACCAGGAUAGAGGGUCUGCAGUGCUUGAUGAACCUGCGUGAGCUUUACCUCAGCCACAAUGGGAUUGAGGUCAUUGAGGGGCUGGAAAACAAUAAAAAGCUGACCACAUUGGAUAUUGCUGCAAAUAGAAUAAAGAAAAUUGAAAAUAUCAGUCAUCUAACAGAGCUUCAAGAAUUCUGGAUGAAUGACAACCAGAUAGAAAACUGGGGGGACCUGGACGAGCUGAAGAAUGCUCAUUCCCUGGAGACGGUGUACCUGGAAAGGAACCCACUACAGAAAGACCCCCAAUAUCGGCGCAAAAUCAUGCUAGCCCUACCCACUGUGCGACAGAUUGAUGCUACCUUCAUCCGUUUCUGACCUGCCAGGCCCCCUGUCCUUCUCUCUGAAGGACACUGAAUAUCCAGUGUCUGCACGUGCACCUGGUUUAUAUCCUGCGCUUGAGCCCGAACCAAGGCCUUUAAACACAAUGCACACCGACUAGUUCCUGGAAUGAGCUUACGAGUGUCUCUUACUUUGCUGUGUCUGCUUAUUUAUUAAAUUAUUAAUACAUUCUAACCAAACUCAGCGUAAGAAACAUGCCUGCCUAGCACUCUGCUGUUUGAUGAGGUUGGGUGUUUUCAUCCCAGCUUUCCAGAGAUUAGUGUCCACAGACAUAAAGGAAGGACUGGUCCCUGGGGAGCGGGGGCAGGGUCUGCCAUGAAGAACAUUUUUCAAUUAAAAUAGAUAAGUUACUUGAUACUGUUUCUAUUUUCUAUGGAAUUUGUUUUAAAAUAAGACUGCCUCAAGAUACAGUCUGGAUAUGGACAACUGAACAGACAUUUGAAAAAAAGAAAAUGUGCACUGAAAUAAUUCUCAGCAAUUGCUAGCCUGGAAAAGCGUGUACAUAUCCAGCAAACACAGUUUUAUUUAAAAUCACAACUCUUAGGAAACAAGCCACACAAAGCAGGAAUUGAAUGUAGUGAACAAACAUAUUGAAAGAAUACACAAGGAUGAACUCUAUGCAGUGUAAACACCUGUAGGGAAGGAAAGAUAACUACUAUAAGUUCUAUAUGUUUUGCAGCACAGCUGUCUUAUGUAUGCCCAUAUGAAACACCUUAUGGCAUUUUCAGUACAAUAAAAGACACUGAGACUAUAAUACUGAAUUAGCCUUAGGGUUAUCGAUCUGUAUAAUAGUGUUUAUAAUCCCACAUAAAAUGAUCAAUUUGAAACAGUUCUUACAGAGACUUGUUUCUAACAUGAUCAGCAAUCUAAGCAAAUUAUUGCCAAAUGUACAAUGGAUUGAGUUAUACAAUUUUUAAAAAGUCUGACCUGCUGAGUCUAGCUCUUUUUCAAUUAUUAAGUAUUGGAAGAAAUAUAGUGGAAACUAUAGCUCAUGGGUUUCCAACCCUGGUUCUGGAGAGCUACUGUGGCUGCUGGUUUUCAUUUCAAUCACUCAGUUAUUUAA